CUAAACCCAAAAAAAAAAAUGCAGGCUGCAAAUUUGUGCUUCACAGGGCCACUGCCAGUCAAGAGCACCAAGUUUUUGGCGCAAAAGAGAGUUCCUACUCCCAGCAGAGCUCUAUUCUCCUUCAAAGCUGUUGCAAACACUGCAACUGAGUCUUCUACUGUUGAUUACAACACCUUGACUUCAGUGUUUCCUGUUGAAGCCUGCGACAUAAUUGGAGGAGAUGCAUGUAUGGGUGUCAUGUGUCCCGAGGCUAAGAUAUCAUCAUCACCAAAUACCGGCAAUGCACGGGCAUCAGAGGAAGACGUAGAAAGAGAAUAUUUUGAGUACAGCCAGCAGCCGAAAACAGUUAGGUUUUCUGGAGAGGCUUGUGAUGAACUUGGAGGAGAGUUUUGUGAAGCUGACUAUCAGAUGGGGGUCUACAGAGACAUGGCCCUGGCUUAAACCAGCGCUCAUUGUAAAUGGAUAGCACAGAAAAAAUAAUGGCAUAUUUGUAGUUGUGAGUAUUUAUCUCGAGAUACCCCUAUAAUUAAGUAAUAAAAUCCUCGACUCGACGACUU